AUGUUGAUUUUAACAGGGCUCUUCUGGAGCAGUUCUGGUCUUUCUCGUCCGUACCACUAUAUAAAUACAGCAAUGUCGUGGCCAGAGGCUCAGAGUUACUGCAGAGAGAGAUUCACUGAUCUGGCUACUGUAGACAGCAUGGAUGAUGUGAACAGGCUGGUAAAUGUAGUGGAUGCUGGAUACAGUGGAUCAGUGUGGAUUGGACUGAAGAGGGGGAAACAGACACGCUGGGUUUGGUCUGAUGGAGAAAACACAACUUCUCAGUACUAUAACUGGGCUUCAGGACAGCCAAAUGAGGAUGGAUUUUGUACUGCUAUAUUUUACGGGGCUUGGCAUGAUGUGUUAUGUGACUUGAAUAUAUAUUUCGUGUGCUAUGGAAAUUCUGGAUACAUCUUGGUACACAGCGUAAAAACGUGGAGUGAUGCUCAGAGCUACUGCAGACAGCAUUAUACAGACCUGCCCACCAUCCACAACUCUACAGAAAAUAACCAGAUAAAUCAAAUUCUUUUAUCUGGAUAUUACAUCUGGAUUGGUCUGUUCUUGGACUCUUGGGAAUGGUCUGAUAAAUGGAGCUGCUUCUUCAGACACUGGGCAGCAGGUCAACCAUCCCAAAGUUCAGGAUCUGGUGACUGUGUUGCGAUGUCAAGAAACAACUCUGGCAGAUGGGCUCACUACAGCUGUGAUCUACAGCAGCCAUUUAUCUGCUAUGGAGAUGGCAAGAGAAAACAAAUUGUGAGAUUAAAAGUCACAUGUAAUGGAAAAUACGUAUUGAAAGAUCCUUCACUACAGACGACCAUUCUGAAUGAGAUAAGUGAAAAGCUGAAGAACAUGAGGUUGGAGAGUGACAGCAGAAUAAGCUGGAGAAAGGGGGAAGAUGGAGAGGCUCAGAGCUACUGCAAACAGAAAUACACAGAUCUGGUUUUUGUGUACAGUGAGGAGGAUCUAGACAAACUGGAAGCUUCUCGUCCUCUUUUAGCCUAUGGUUAUGCAUGGAUAGGGGGGUGA